GAUAUUGAUCUUACCAUGAGUUAUCACUACAGGUUGGUUGGAGGCAGCUUGGCAAUCAAUAACCCACGUAAAAAACAGGAUAUUGGAACAUACCAGUGUUUGGCCACAAAUUCAUUUGGAACAAUUCUGAGCAGGAAGGCAAAGCUUCAAUUUGCAUAUCUUGAGAACUUUGAAAUGAAAACAAGAAGCACAGUGUCAGUCAGAGAAGGACAAGGAGUGGUUCUGCUCUGUGGUCCUCCACCACAUCACGGAGGCUUGUCUUUUGCAUGGACCUUCAACAAUAACACCUUAUACGUUCAGGAGGACAGACGGCGUUUUGUUUCACAAGAAACGGGAAAUCUGUACAUUGCCAAAGUAGAGCCAUGGGAUGUGGGCAAUUACACCUGUGUGGUGACCAACUCCAAGGCUGGGCAGAGUGUUCAGGGGCCACCCACUCCCCUCACCCUGCGCAGUGAUGGUGUGAUGGGAGAGUAUGAACCAAAGAUUGAAGCACGUUUUCCAGAAACAACAUAUGCAGCAAAGGGCUCAUCUGUUAAACUGGAAUGUUUUGCCCUUGGAAAUCCGGUCCCUAAUAUCAGCUGGAGGAGGUCUGAUGGAAGCCCACUGACAAAGAAAAUCAAACACGACAAAAACAAAGGAGUUCUUGAAAUCCCAGAUAUUCAGCAAGAAGAUGAAGGCUCUUAUGAGUGCAUUGCAGAAAACAUUCGAGGCAGAAACAUUGCAAGAGGUCAAUUAUUUGUCUAUGCACUUCCUGAAUGGGAUAAAAAAAUCGAAAAUGCCUUUCUGUCUCUCUAUGACAGUUUGUUUUGGGAAUGUAAGGCAAAAGGCAACCCAACCCCUUCCUACAGCUGGUUAAAAAAUGGCCAGCCUCUCAUGUCAGAGGAGAGAAUUCAAGUGGAAAAUGGAACUCUUAUCAUACCGAUGCUGAAUAUGUCAGACUCUGGCCUCUAUCAAUGUGUGGCAGAAAACAAGUACAAUACUAUUUACGCCAGUGCUGAAUUGAGGGUCAUAGCGGCAGCCCCCGAUUUUUCCAAAAAUCCUGUGAAAAAAACAUCUGUUGUUCAAGUUGGUGGUGAAGUCACCAUUGGUUGUAGACCAAGUGCUUCUCCCAGAGCAGCUAUUGACUGGAGAAAGGGCCCCGAGGUGCUGCGCCUGAACAAAAGGGCCCUCUUACUGGAGGAUGGCAGUCUCAGGCUCUACAACAUCACCAAAUCAGAUGCUGGGGUGUACACUUGUAUAGCAACAAAUCAGUUUGGAGUUGCCAGAAAUUCAGGGAACCUGAUUGUGAAAGAAAGGACUGUAAUUACUUUUCCACCUUCUAACAUGGAUGUAACAGUUGGAGAAAGCAUAGUCCUUCCAUGCCAGGUUUCUCAUGACCCCUCCAUGGCUGUGGCGUUCACAUGGUCGUUCAAUGGCAACAAAAUUGACUUCAAAAGAGGAAUGCAUCAUUUUGAGAGAAUUGGAGGAGAAUCUGUUGGAGAUUUGAUGAUAAGAAAUAUUCAACUUCAUCAUACUGGGAAAUAUGUGUGCAUGGUGCAAACAACUUUAGACAGUCAAUCUACAGCAGUAGAUAUAAUUGUAAGAGGUCCCCCAGGCCCACCAGAGGAUGUUAGAGUUGAACAUAUUUCUAGCACUACUGCAGUGUUAUCCUGGAAAUCUGGAAUAGAUAACAAUAGUCCAGUCCAGAUCUACAGCAUUCAGACAAGGACUCCUUUCUCAGUUGGAUGGCAGGCAGUUUCAACAGUUCCUGAAGUCCUCAAUGGUAGGACUCACAAAGCAACAGUGGUUGACUUAAGCCCUUGGGUUGAGUAUGAGUUCCGUGUGGUUGCCAGCAACAGUGUUGGAACUGGGGAGCCGAGCAAGCCAUCAGCUCUACUGAAAACCAAAGCAGCAGUUCCCACAGUGGCACCAACAAACGUCAGCGGAGGAGGAGGGAGCCGCUCUGAGCUGGUCAUCACAUGGGAGCCAGUGCCAGAAGAACUACAAAAUGGAGAAGGUUUUGGCUAUAUUGUUAUGUUUCGUCCUCUUGGCUCAACAACGUGGACAAAAGCAGCCGUGGCUCCCGUAGAAGCAAGUAAAUAUGUUUAUAGGAAUGAAAGCAUCACACCUCUGUCUCCUUUUGAAGUGAAAGUUGGCGUCUACAACAAUGAAGGAGAAGGGACCCUGAGAUCCACAUCCAUUGUCUACUCUGGAGAAGAUGAGCCACAGAUAGCACCAGGAGCCACUUCAGCACUGAGCAUCUCGGCGGCAGAGGUGGAGGUCUCCUGGCAGCCCAUUGCAUGGAACAGGCACACAGGCAGGGUGCUGGGCUAUGAGGUUUUAUAUUGGACAGAUGAUCCCAAGGAAAGCACAGCUGGUAAAGUCAGAGUCAAUGGGAACAUAACAGCCCAAAAUAUCACAGGCCUAAAAGCUAACACAGUGUAUUUUGCAACAGUUCGGGCUUACAACACAGCAGGGAUGGGGCCCUCCAGCGCCCCGGUAAAUGUCACCACUAAAAAGUCACCUCCCAGUCAACCUCCAGCAAAUAUCACAUGGAAACUGACAAAUUCCAAAAUCUGCUUGAAUUGGGAACACGUGAAAACAAUGGAGAAUGAAUCAGAGGUGCUAGGAUACAAAAUUUUGUACAGACAAAACAGACACAGCAAAGCUCAUAUACUGGAGACAAACAACACUUCAGCUGAACUCCUGGUGCCAUUUGAAGAAGAUUAUCUCAUAGAAAUAAGAACCAUCAGUGAUGGUGGGGAUGGCAGCAGCAGCGAGGAAAUUAGGAUCCCGAAAAUAUCAAGUUUAAGCUCCGGAGGAAUAAAAUUGUCUCCAAGAGAACUGCAUAUGUUGACAUCUGGGAUCCUACUCUUGAGUUUUGUUCUUAUAUACUCUUGGAGGAAAGUAUCUGCUUCCCUACACCCUCUCCCAUCCCACUGGCCCAUAAUAAUUUAUCUAAUUUAG